CACGGACACAUCCGGACCAAAUUCUUUCCCCACACGCCACAGCUUUGUUUUGGUUCCAGCACGGAUCCAUUUUUACAUUACAAGAUAUGAAAUAUGGCGAGCCAACUUGAACGCUCUGCAGAUGUGGACGCUUUGGUCAAAAGACUGGAGAAGGAGUCGCUGGCUAAGUUUGUCACUUUUUCUGUGGACCGACAUUACAAUGACAAAGAUUGGCAGCCUUUACCUGUGAACCGAGUCCACUGGCAGUGGGCCGGCGGUUCUGGGAUGCCUUCGAUUGAAUUCACCGGAAUCCCUUUCAUGUUUGUGGGCUCUAAAAGGCUUGUCUGCCAUCAAGGCAAAGAUCUUGCUGUGGCCCAGAAGAGGAAAUAUUUUGAAGAAAAAGCUAGAAAGAUGCUAGAAGACCACAGCUUUGGCUGCCAGAAAACCCGUCGCCCAUCUACAAAAAAGGUGGGAUGUCCAGCAGCCAUAUCAAUCAGCAAGAUUGCAACAUUCCCUAAGUUCAAGGUGGUGGACAGUGCAGAAAGGAGUAAGAAGGCAGCUUCAAAAAUGCUGAGAGUGGCCCUGGAGAGAGACCCGGUCAUUUGGGAAACACGCUAUGCUGUCCUACAUUCAAGUGAGCAUGCAGGACACGCAGAUGGGAAAAAUGAAGGAGAUGCGACCUCACGAUCUGACAUGAUCUCAUGCAAACGAGCGAGGAAGUCAGAUCUGAGAAGGAAAUGCGUCAAACUCACUAAACAACUCCUGGACAGCUUAAACUCUAUUGAGGACUAUCAUAGCCUUGAGGAGGUUUCACAAGUUUUAAGCACCCUGCUGAAAGACUUAGCUCAUCUGAACAGCAAGAUGGAGGGAAAGCCUCUUCAUUCUCAAGGCAAGAACUCUAGAGCUUUAUCUGAAGUUCCAGCCCUUCUGUCACAGGGGGACCCCAAGGGACCUGAAUCUGCUCACAGUGAUUGUUUAGGAGCUCAGGCAGCCAGUGACCAGGAACUCACCAUUUGAACAUCACAAUUUAACAGUUCCAGUCUGACUGUGAUUUUUAAAGCUUUUUGUUUUGCUUUUGUUUAGAUUGUUUGGUGUUCCUGUUACUGGGAGUAAAUGACUCCAAUGUCAUUUACUUGUAAAUGUCUGUAGGAUGCCCUCAUAUGAGCAUCCUACAAAAUUCUCACAUUUUGUGAGAUUGGUUUACGUUUUUGUCUUACCACAGGUGUGUUUGCAGGGUAAGAUUUUGCAACUUUGUUACUUAGAAAUGUGAUUCUUUUGAAUAACAAACAUAUUGGUUUGUGCAAAGUGGCUAACUUGGUCCUUUUACAUUUCUGGAGAAAAUCUUAGAUUGUUUUAUUGCCAUAUAGUUAAAGGAAAAGCACUGUGCAUUUUGAAAAUAUUAGUAAUUACUGAUAGACUAAACUGUUCCAUAGACAGGUGACUGAUUUAGCACUAUUAUUUUUUGCCAAAGGAUAAACUCUGAGCUCUUUAAAAUGCCACUGCUUUAAAAUGCUAAAAAAAAAAAUAAUAAAAUUGACAUUUAGUCUUUUUAAAAUAAUAUAUAAUGAACAAAGCAUAUGAUCAAACCAGCCCAGAAAUGGUUCACCAGACAUAAAAUUAGUCUUUGCAAUACUGCGGAAAUUGAUCUAAAGAUUAUCUCCCUUAAAACCUUGUGCAGCUUUAUACGACUGAGUGCUUUCCCUUGAAAACAACAAGGUGACCUUGCCAGAAAUAAUGGUGUGCCCUAUUUUUCACUUAAUGACUGCUGGAGAUGGACAUUAGCACUUUAUUUAUCCCUGCUCAAAGAAAAUUUGGAAUUUUGCCAGUAAAAUUUGUAGAAAGCUUUUUUUUGAAAAUCUUGAGCAAGGUUGUACAGUUUAACUAUAAAUAUGUUUGCUUUUAAAGAUUUAUUUUAAGAAUAUAAGCUUUAAUUCUUGCAUUUACUGUUUUUAAAAGGCAAGUUGUUCUUAUUACAGAAACUUCAUUUCAAAAUCUAUUUUAUUCAUCUGGAUAGUGUCAAUAAAUUAGUUUUUAUUUCA